ACUGGUUCCUCCCCUUGCAGCUCCUCUGGUUCUUAUAAAAACUCAGCCUUUCCCCAACAGCCUGUAGGAGCCUCUCCUGACUGCUGCCUGCCAAGACACAAGACCCACCCCUGGGACCCCCAAGCCACCAUGAGGAGCCUGCUCCUUCUCACCUGCCUGGCUGCCUUAGCGGUGCUGACUUUGUGCUAUGAGUCUCACGAAAGCAUGGAAUCCUAUGAAAUUAGUCCCUUCAUUAACAGAAGAAAUGCAAACACCUUCAUGACCCCACAGCAGAGAUGGCGCGCUGCAGUCCAAGAGAGGAUCCGGGAACGUAACAAGCCUACCUACGAGAUCAAUCGGGAAGCCUGUGAUGACUACAAGCUUUGUGAACAGUACGCCAUGCUUUAUGGAUACAACGCAGCCUACAAUCGCUAUUUCCGGCAGCGCCGAGGAGAAAAGAAAUGAGAAAGGAGGGGAAAUUCUCUUUUAUUCUGGAAUCUAAAGCCUGGUUUUGUAUCCCCUUGCGACAGCAUUACUGAAAUAUGUAGACACAAUACGAUGCUUGUUUCUUACAUAGUCUCUUGCCUGGGUGCAUCCCUGCUUUCUGCUCCCAGAUUGUUAAAUAAUGCAAGUGCAAUGUGUUAAGAUGUGUGAUUAUGCAUAAUAAACUCUUGGUUUGAUACUUUCA